AAAACCUGCGAGACAUCUUUGAGUAUGUCGUUCAGGAGACUGAAGAGAGGACCAAUCUCGCAUUUCCGUUAUACAAUUGUCUACGGGUGAAUCGCACUUGGUGUCGAAAUGUUGUUUCGAUCCUAUGGAGUAGACCUUUUCAUCUUCUCAACAGAACCUCGUCCGAGUUAAUCUCUGUUUACAUUUCUGGUUUUGCCCAGGAUGCGAAGGAAAGAAUCGCACAGUCUGGGGUUGACACAUCCGACUUAUUGACAAAACCUUUGACAUUCAAUUACAUAUCAAUGUUGAGGGAAUUGAAUUCUGAAUACGUUUACGCUUCUGUAUCGCAAUGGGUCAAUAAGAAUGGAAAGGUCGAAAAAGAGAAGAAUAUUAUCGAAAGGGAGAGAACCGUUGACGAGGAGGAUAGUGAGAGUGACGAAGAAGGCAGCAGUGAACAAAGUAAUAAUGAAUUAGAGAAGACUCGUCGCAUUCUCUCUGUCAUGCAAGAGAUGUGCAGCCAAUUUUUUUCGGGCUGCGGACCUUUAAAAAGUUUAAAUAUGUCAAGAAUGUUGUUUUGGAACAUUCCAAAUGACUAUCUUUCUAUAGUCAACUUGCCAGGGGCGCGAGAGGCGUUCUCACAGCUCGAUGAGUUCACGAUAAAUGCUCGCAACAUGAAUAAAGAUAUUCUCCCAGAAAUAUUAGGAUAUUGUGAUUCCAUUAAAUCUUUGGAUGUAUAUUCUUUACCUUUUAGUGAUAGUUUCGCGGAAUCGCAACGAUCGAGUUCAUUAAGCAACUUUAUUUCGAUGCAACGAGGAUUAAAAAGGGUGACAUUGUCCAUUGAAACAAGCGAUAACUCCGCAAGAUACGGGCUGUUAUCUGUCAUAUCGUCAUUGAAGAGUCAAUUAAACUCGUUAAGUUGGGUCAAACUCCAAUAUAUCAAAAAUUUUUCAAACGUCACCGUUGAAGACAUUAUAGAAUCAGUGUCAAAUGUGCAGACCCUUUUAAUCUUUGGUUGCACCCUCCCAAAUAAUUCAAGGAGACCACUAUCAUCAAAAUUCCGCCGCCUGCGUAGACUGGGUUUUUGGAAUACGAUGGCCUCACCUGAUACAAUUUCGACAAUUAUAUCAAACUGCGAAGAGACUUUGAAAGAGAUUCAACUGCACGGAAGGAUCUGUUUAUCACACGUGGGAGACGAGAUAAGGGCGAGCUUAAUGAACACGUUUAGUAAUUGUUCCAAACUUGAGCGCCUUCAGUUGCACACUUCUUGGAUGAAUCUCGGUCCCCCCAGUGAGAUUUUACAGGAAUUGAGCGAGUCGCUCCCCCCUUCACUACUUCACCUGGAGAUUGAUCUCAUAUGUGAUCCCGAUGGUUUGCGAGCAUUAUUUGAAAGAUGCACCCUGAAAAGUUUGACUUUAGGCAUCGGGACGGCUGAUAUCAAAGGAAUAGGUAUGAACGACGAAAAUCUUGCGGUGAUCAGGGAGUACGUCGAGCAAAAAGGCUCCUUGGAGAAAUUGGUAUUGGCAGGAUCCACGAUCACCGCCACCGAUCAAGGGUUGGAUGCUACCAAAAAAUUAAUCAAAGUUGACCGAGUGAUGAUGAAUUAUAAAAUAUGGGACUAA